UCCAUUUGCACCUGACAAACCAUGUCGAUGUCGCUCUGCUCUGUGUGAAUGCAGCCGUGGAAACGCGCGCGGGACUUUUAUUUUGAAUGUAUUCAUUAUUUAUGUUGCAAUGAUUCAUUUGUCACCACUGACGCUGGCUGGGCGGAUGAGGGAAUGAGUAGGUGGAGGCUGCCGGGACAAUAACCCGCUGUGACACCACCAGCAACAGUCAAAGAAGUGGCAUCUGCACUGACUACCAUUCUUAUCAUGCCAGUCCACAAGAGGCAGCCCAGUAUUGAACUACUGGAGUUAAUGGGGGUAGUACGAGAGAAUGGCAAUGAACUGACUUCACUUCCUCCUGUGCAAACUCCGUUAUCAUAUGACUACGUCCUGGUUGCCAAAAUGAGUGAAAACCAGGAGAGAGCAGCUUUCAAGAAGCAAAUUGAAUACAUUGAAGAACUGAAAAAGAAGAACAUGAGGGUCACAAAAAUCAUAGACGACGAUCUUGUCUUUUAUGGGAUUCAAGCGCCUAAAGAAAUGUUUGAGAAGUACAGGUAUCUGCUCAAAGUAUCUGAUGCCUGUAACUGGAGCGCGGAUCAGAACGCUGUGCCCCUCAGCACCAGGAUAAGGAUUGUCCACUUCAUUUUGAAUCACACCCCUAUCCCUUCAGGAGAGGGCCUGCGGGAUCUCAUGAAGAUGAAGGUUUUUGAGGCGAAGUUCUGCUUACACGAGAAAAGGAAACAGAGAGAGCUGAAGGAGAGCUGGGCACGAUGGACAGCCUGUCUCCAAGGGCAACCCAUAACUGCCGUGAGGAACUACUUUGGGGAGAAGGUGGCGUUGUAUUACCUGUGGUUGGGCUGGUACACGUAUCUGCUCAUCCCGCCUGCUCUGAUCGGGGUCAUCGUUUUCCUGUAUGGCCUCGCCUUCUUCAACAGCUCACCGCUCAUAAAGGAGGUCUGUGAGGCCGACACCAUCAUGUGUCCACUCUGUGACAAGAGAUGCAAAGUCUGGCAGCUCUCCGACACAUGCACAUACGCCAAGGUGAGCCAGCUGUUUGACAAUAAUGGCACAGUGCUUUUUGCAAUGUUCAUGGCAGUGUGGGCAACCCUGUUUUUGGAAUUCUGGAAGCGGCACCGAGCUUCAUAUGUGUGUGAGUGGAAAGUAUCUGAUUGGUGUGAGGAAGAGGAGGAACUAAUCCUGGAGAUUGUAAACGAUGCAGACUGUGAACCCAAGAAAUACAAGCACUCUUACCUGCGCACCACGUUGGUUUUGAUCUGUGUCACUGCCAUGAUACUGGUGAUCAUAGGCCUGACACAUGCCUUGGUGGUGUUCAGGGUUAUUGCAGCUGUACUCUUUGCUGAAGGAUCAUGGGAGUUCCUGAGCAACAACUCUUACAGUGGAGCGAUGAUGCUCGGGGCUGUCCUCCAUUACUUCAUCAUCACUGUUAUGACACGGAUUAACAGGAUUGUCGCCAUGAAGCUUUGUGAAAUAGAGGAAACGAGAUCAUUUGCUGCUACAGAAAAGAGUUUCACCGUAAAGAUGUUCACCUUCCAGUUCUUCACUUACUUCUCCUCACUCUUCUACGUGGCCUUUUUUCUUGGCAGAAUAAAUGGUCAUCCUGGCGGGUAUGUACGAAUUGCAGGGAAAUGGAGGCUGGAGGAAUGUCACCCGAGUGGAUGUCUCACAGACCUGUUCAUCCAAAUGGCAAUUAUAAUGGUACUCAAGCAAACUAUCAGCAAUGUCUUUGAGUUCACUGGCCCUUGGUUCUGCAGGUGGUUGAGAAGGAGAAGAACUCCGAAGCUACGGAGGAAAUGUGCCCACUGUUACCUGAAAAAUGAAUCAGAGGACAAGCAUGGAGCUGAAUUGUGUGAUAACUGCAAGCUUCGAGACUGGCUUAACAACUACCGCCUCAAUGAUGUCGAUUCCUUCAGCUUGUUCAACGAGUUUCUGGAAAUGGUGAUCCAGUUCAGCUUCACCACCAUCUUUGUGGCAGCAUUUCCCCUCGCUCCUCUCUUAGCGCUUAUUAACAAUGUCAUUGAGAUACGCUUGGAUGCCAUUAAGAUGGUCACUCUGGAGCGCAGACUGGUUCCCAAGAAAACCAACGAUAUUGGUGUGUGGAUAGAUGUGUUGGAGGCUAUCGGCGUCUUAGCUGUCAUUGCUAAUGGACUGGUCAUUGGCAUAUCCUCAGACUUCAUCCCCCGACUGGUGUACCGUUACCACUAUGGACCAUGUGCCAAUGGCACAGAUACUGGCAUUGACUGCAUGGUCGGCUAUAUCAACAACUCUCUCUCCGUGGCAAGAAUGGACGACAAGAACCUGAACAAUGAGUUUUCUCUUUAUCAGAUCCAAACUCCUAGUGGUGUAAAUGCAACUCACUGCAGCUAUAAAGACUACAGGAGCCCUGAAGAUUACAGUUUUACCCCACAGUUCUGGUUAAUAUUAGCUGUGCGCUUUGCUUUUGUCAUCCUCUUUGAGCAUGUUGUUGUCAUAUGCAAAUUUGUUGCAGCCUGGUUUGUACCGAGUGCUCCCAUGCAGGUCAAGAAUGACAGACUAUUUGACAAGCUUAACAGGCUAAAAGAGGAACUCAGGUCAUAUGAUGUGUGACAGCAUUUGAACACGUAAAAGAAACACAUUUUUCCCAGAGAUCACAAAUCCAGUGUUUUGUUUAUUUAAAUGUCCAGACUAUCAGUGUUGAGUCAAUUCAAAGACAUUAAUCAUAAAUAGUUCAGACAGAACUUUAUGUUUUGUUUAUGUUUUGAUGUGAAGUGCUGGCUUUCUGCUUUCUCAUCCAUGACAUGGACUUUGAAGACAGAAGUUUACAGAAACAGAUUUUACUGACCAUAUCAUUCAUGAAAUUAUUCUUAUUCUAUUUUAAGAAUGCACUGACAACUUUCUGUUGGAUCUCUUUAUUUGUGUGUUGUAUGCAAGUGUUUUUAUUAAAAGCCUAAUGAUAAUUUAUACUGCUACUGCAAAUACAGCAUCGAUUGUGUGUUAUAUUGUUGCCUUAUAUUGUCAAAAAAAUUUGCUGUGAUGAUUGUUGCAUUAUUGCAGAUAUAAUCUGAUGGUGUCUUUUGUAAAUCAGGCACAACAAUGUUUUGCAUUAUGACUUUGUAAUAAUGAAUAAAUAAGGAAACCUUUGUCCUGA